AUGGCUCCAAGACUUGAAGGGAAAGUUGCUAUUGUCACCGGUGCUGCCUCGGGCUUCGGCAAAGGCAUAGCUACAAAAUUCGUACAAGAAGGUGCCAAAGUCCUCGUUGCCGACUUGUCUGAAGAAUCGGGCCUGAAAGUCGCCAAAGAACUUGGAUGCGAAUUCAUCGUCGCAGAUGUCACGCAACGGAAGCAAUGGGAAGAGAUAUUACACAAAGUCACAGAUAUUUUCGGGGGCUUGGAUAUUGUGGUCAACAAUGCCGGAGCUACUUACUCCAACAAACCGACCACUUCAGUGACAGAUGCAGAUUUUGACCUCGUCAUGAAUGUCAAUGUUAAGUCGAUAUAUCUGUCGACAGACGUCAUUGUGCCAUAUUUCCUCAACAACAACCGCCCGGGAGUCUUUGUUCAAAUCAGCUCAACAGCGGCAAUCAGGCCUCGUCCAGGACUGACAUGGUACAAUGCAUCCAAAGGCGCAGUAAGCAUUGCUUCCAAGUCAAUGGCUGCGGAGUUCGGCCCCAAGCAGAUACGAUUCAAUACCGUCUGUCCGGUAGUUGGAAGUACAGGAAUGACUCAUCUAUUCCUUGGAAAGCCAGACACAGAGGAAAAUAGAGCAGCAUUUGUGGAUACCAUUCCACUCCGUCGCCCUUCAACACCAGCGGAUGUAGCCAAUGCAUGCUGUUACCUCGCCAGCGAUGAGGCGGCAUUCAUUACGGGAGUUGAUCUGGAAGUACGUCUACAUCCACCCUGCAUGUCGAUGGCGGACGUUGUAUAUAAGCCGACCACCACAAUUUCGGGAUAUGCCGGGAAUGUGCUGAUAUUACGGGUGCAUGUUGCGUUCCUCAUGCUGGGAAGUACCUAG